AUGGGAAACAUAGGCAGACCGUCUGGAGGCUGCUUUGCCUGUAAAAAAAGAAAGGUCAAGUGCGAUGAAGGGAGACCCAGCUGCAAAAGAUGCUUGACUCUGAAAAAAGACUGCCCUGGAUACAAGAACCCCUGGGAAGUUUGGCACCGGCAAGAAAACACCCACGCAGCGACUCUAGUGCAGACCAGGGUCACGAGAAAGCUAAGAGAGAGACAAGAGCUCGUCGGGCUGCACAGUCUCCCUCCGCGAAUACACACUAGCCCAAUCACCUGUGCCCUGAACCGCUUUUACGGAGACUAUUCGCGGGAAGUGGGAAUCGCAUUCUUCAGCCUUCUGCCGACUAUGUCUUCAGCGACCCCUGCUGGCUGCUUCCACGACGCUCUGAACGCAACGGCCCUAGCUAGCUCGUCUCGGCAGCUCAACCAACCGGACCUCAUGGUCCAGGCGAUACGAGUGUACGGCAAGGCCAUAACAGGACUCAAUGAGGCACUGCAAAGUCCGGUGGCAAGCAGAGACGACUCGGUUCUCGUGGCAUUGUUUGUACUCGGGCUGUUCGAAGUGAUCGCCGCACGACCAUCCCAGAGCAGGUCUGCCAAUGUUGAAGCAAGCUGUCAUCCGCACUCAGAAGGCGGGCUCGCAAUGCUUCAAUACAGAUCUGGGGUCAUGGCUAAUGGCAACAUCGAUAAAGUCAUCCUGGCGUUUUUUAGCUUUGUCGCGUUGUCAGAUUGCUUCAUGACUUAUCCUGGUGAUUUCUUGCUGUGGUCCAAGUUGCGCACGCUCACGACGCCCACUGCCGAUGGGCCAUGCUUUGAGCCCCUCCUUUGCCGGGCAGUGGAGUUCAAGAUCGUGGCCGAGGAAAUGAUGACUCGCAACGGCCUGGCUGCUGGAUCUACCAUGUUCACCCUCCUAGAAUCGGGCAUGAGAAUUAUUGAGGAUCUGAAGACCGUCGCUGAGCAUCAGUUGUCACAAAAGGCCCCCGGCAACAGAACAGGCUUCAACGGCGUAGUUGACGUUUCACUCGGAUCCAACGCCCUUAUCGCGUCAAGUCUGUAUUUGACAGUCAGGCUUCAAGUGAUUGAUCUCAUGGUUCGAGCUAUCAAUGCAGAUAAAGAACGGACAUUUGUUGGGGACCAGCUGGACGCUAUUUCCAGGCUUGGGAUCUCGGACCUUGAAAUACUACGCAAAAACAUUUCCACUCUCCUCGGUUUCACACAGAACAGUGCAGCCGACGAACCGCAGAGCGGUAGACCAUUGCGAGCAUGGUUCAUGUUAUGGCCCAUGGUAGCCGUUAUGAAUUCCGAUAUUGCGCAUGACGAUACCAAGCUAUGGGCGAAAGACAAGCUUCGUUGGGUUGGUUCAGACACUGGCAUAGGAUUGAUAACAUCAAUGAUGGGACAAACCAGUUGA